AGACGUCAAUGGUUGACAAAUGACAAAUGAAAUAAUUAAACAAAGAUAUGGCUGUAUGGGCUUAGAUCCCUUUGCCUUUCCCAUGAGGGAAAAUUAAAAAAAAAAGUGACAAAUGACAGCUAUCACGAGUGAGCUCAAACAAAUCUGAAAUCAUUAAUUAAAUAUUACGUGCUUCUGUCAGAUUAACGUGUCGUGUGAUAAAAAUAUUUUUAUUUACACGGCUUUUCUUUUAACUAUUUACUUCGUUGCCCUUUCAAAAGCUUGAAACCAAAAGAAAUAUGAACCACGAAAAACUAUUUGUUGUGACUUUGGGGUUAUGAUACAAUUGUAUGCUAUUUUUUUGAAACAAAAGCAGUUAUGUGUUGUUAAGCAUAUAAUUGGUUCAAGAAGAUUAAAAAAGUGUGCGUUUAAAUGGUGAUGGCUACUGGGAGCGUCUGUCAACCAUAUGGCCGCGCAGCCAGCGACCUGUCUAGGGAGAUGGCUCGGGGUGCACAGGCAGGCGAGGCGGGUGAGGCGAGCGACGCGAACGAGGCGGGCGGCGAGGCGGACGCGGCCGCGCUGCACGAUCGCCUAGUGGCCUACGUGCACGCCCUCGCCGGCGGACAAGAGCCGCGCUCCGGCGUGUGGGUGGAGCACUCGUAUGCGCGCGCGCCCCCCACUCCCGACCUGCUGGACGUGGAGCGCGUGUCGCCGCCGCCGCCCUCCCCGCCCGCGCCCCCCGCGCGCCCCGACUCCGACGCGGACGAGCCCGACGAGCUAGACGCCGACGACUGGGAGGCGCGCGUGCUGACGCUGGCGCCCAGCGCCGCGCACGCGCGUCUCGCCGACCACGCGCUCGACGCCCUGCGCCGCAUGCGGCUGGCGCGCCUCGCCGCCACCGACGCCUUCGCGCGGCACGAGGCGGCGCGGGCGGCGGCGCGGCGCCUGCGCCUGGCGCUGGCCCCCGCCUGCGCGCAGCCCGCGCGGCCUGCCGCCUGGCUGCACGGCGCGCUGCUGGCGCACAUGCCGCGCUGGGCGCGCCGCCUGUACGACGCGCUCACGCGGGAGCUGCGGCGCUCGGCUCCCCGCCUGGCCGCGCGGCUGCUGGGGGCGCGCGCGGGCGCGAGGCGUGCAGCCGCGCCCGGGGAGGGGCGGGCACUGCGGGGCGUGGCGGGCCCGCUGCUGGUGUGGGUGGGCGGCGGGCGCUGGGCGCGGCGGCUGGGCGCGCUGGUGCGCACGCGCGUGCUGCCGGCGGAGGCGGCGGCGCCGGCCGCGCCCGAGCCCUGGUGCGCGGCGGUGGUGGCCAGCGUGCGCGCCGCUCUCGCUGAUGUAUUGGCGGAAGCAGGGGACCGCGGCGUGAUCCUGGGCGGGAUCGGAGCCGGCGCCGCUCUGGCCGCCGCGCUGGCGAACACGCCUCGCGUGCGCGCCUUGCUGCUGCUGGCGCCGCCGCUGCUCACGCUGGCGGGCGAGCGCGACACGCCCGACGACCCGCUGGCCGAGAUCCGGCUGCCGAUGCUGGUGGUGGCGGGCACGGGCGCGGCGCAGUGCUGGCGCGGCGCGGCGCGCGAGCUGACGCGCGGCGAGGCGGGCGCGCGCCGCCUGCUGGAGCUGCGCGGCGCCGACGACGCGCUGCGCCUGCCCGCCGCGCUGCGCCGCCGCCUGCCGCAGCACGCCAUCGACGCCGCCGUCGCGGACGAGUGCGCGCGCUGGAUGAUUGAAAUAGCAGAGAACUCGAACGGCGAGGCCCCGCCGCGAGAGCGCGUCCGGCGGCGCGGCGCCUCGCCGGCGAUCGGCGGGGGACGACGCGCUGCGCUCGAGCUGGAGCGCUCGUAUGCCGGCACCGACGGCGACGAGGACGAGUACGCUCACUUGCCGAGCGCCACCUGUAGUAGAGCGACAGAAGCGGAGGCGGAGCUGGUCGCCGAGUUCUCGGGGCGCCGGGGGGGAGGCGUCCCCUCGGAGACGAGCGUGGCGCUGGGCGCGGGGCGCGUGGUGUCGCGCGGGCCGGGCGGCACGCCGCUGGCGCUGCUGCCGCCGCGCCGGGAGCAGGGCCCCGCGCUCGCACCCGCCGACAUCAUGCGCCUGCCCGUGGUGUUCGCGGACGACGCCGCCGGGGUCACGGUCACGGCUGGCCGGCGCGCGCGCUACACGCGGGUCAUCGUCGCGUCCCGGGGGCGCGGCGGGGGCGCAGGCGCGGCUGGCGGCGGGGGCGCAGGCGGGGGCGGGGGCGGCAGUGGGAGCGCGGGGGCGCGGCCCGUGCUUCUUCGUCGAGGUGUGCGUCUGCUGCGCCGCGUACCUCGCCUCGAUCAGCCACAUUAAUCGCGAAUAAACUCUUUUACGAUUGUCAGUUUCAAGACUUUUGUUAUCUUACUUGAUAAAAUAAAUGGUGUUAAUACUGAA